UAUCCAGAUACCCUGCAUAGACCAUCGCAGAUUUACGAUUUAUUUCAUACUCAUAUCAAUCUUGGUCGGUUCUACAGUUGAGAGCUUGUAGCCAGGACCGAAUUCCCCAUGACUGCCAGAGAAGAUUCAAAACGAAGCUGCGACACAGAAACGAAGCAGCUAACUGUACACUUUUCAAGUGGUUUUUGUUUAUUGAGCUAUACAAGCGCAUUUGGCUGCCUUGAAGCGGGGCACAAUACGGUGGACCUCAAAACACAACUAGCUCAGCUCUGGAAAAAUUAUCUUGAAUUUGUGGCAGCUCGGUAGCCUGCUGUAAGGGGCCGCAAAGAGGUUCAUCACAGACAAGCAACAAGGCCACACAAGUGACCUCCAUCUUCAGGCAACGCAGAUAGCUCGGAUCCUGCUCCGCAAUGCGUCAAUUUCACCAGCAUCAGCCAGAUGGCUUUAAGUGCCCUGUUGCCAAUGGCGCUAUUUUGGCAUGAGCCAUCAAGAACGGUCAUAAAUCACUAUCACUGAGCUCCUAGCUUGCAUCAAAUCACCACCAAAAGCCGAGAGCUCCAGUGGUCAAUCUGAGCAAUAAGAAUGGAGCUCUUCUCAGAAGGCCAGGAUGCAAGGCUGGCAAGCGACAACAUCGUGGUGGCGGUGCGGGUGCGACCACUUUCCCAGGACGAGAUCUUGCAGGGCGAGACGAAUACAGUGCGCGUGGGGGAGGAUGGCCGGGCCAUGUCUGUGGUCGAACCGGGGCUUGGGGGGCACAACAUGAUCAGGAACUUUCAGUUCAACGCUUGUCUGGGGCCGGGCGCACGCCAGCAGGACGUGUUCCAGCAGUGCGGUGUGAGAAGGCUCCUCGACUCCGCGCUUCAGGGCUACAACUGCACCAUUUUUGCAUACGGCCAGACGGGGAGCGGCAAGUCGUAUACAAUGUCUGGCAAGGAGGAGGUGGUAGAGCGCAUCAGCUACGAUGGGCACGAGGAAGAUGGCCUCAUUUCCCGCUCCAUGAACUACCUCUUCGAUUGUUUGGACGGCUUUCGGGCGUCCGGCCAAAAGGGCUUCCUCAUGAAGGCCUCCUAUCUGGAGAUCUACAACGAGCAGGUGAAUGAUCUGUUGCGGGAGGGCCCCGAACAGCGCGUGGAGGUCAAGUGGAGCGACCGGGAGGGGUUCUACGCGGAGGGCCUGCUCAUCGUGGACUGCGAGACGCGGGAUGACGUGUGCUCCGUCAUGUCGGAGGGGGCGCGCAACCGCAAGGUGGGCUCUCACGCGCUGAACAAGGACAGUAGUCGCAGCCACAGCAUGAUGACCGUGUAUCUCGAGUCCAACUCCGACGGCCCCAAUAAACGAUUCGGCAAAGUGACGUUUGUCGACCUGGCGGGGAGCGAGCGGCUCAAGAUCAGCAAAAGCUCCGGGGAGAUGGUGAAGGAGACGGGCAGCAUCAACCGCAGCCUGUUCGCGCUGGGCAAGGUGAUCAGCGCGCUAGGGGAGGGGCGGAGCAAGAAAGAUACCUUCGUGCCAUACCGGGACUCCAAGCUGACGAAGCUGCUGAUGGAUAGUUUGGGCGGCUCGUCCAUGGCGCUCAUGGUUGCGUGCUGCUCCCCUGCGCUGACGUCAGUCGAGGAGACGCUCUCCACUCUAAAUUACGCCACGCGGGCGAAGAACAUCGUCAACACACCAACUGCGAAUGCGGACACGCAGGACAAGACCAUCUCUGCUCUCAAGCGCGAGAUCGCGCUACUGAAAGAGGAGAAUCUGUACUUGCGUCAAAAGCUGGGCCUGUCGGGGGGCGACCUCGGCAAGUAUCCCUCGCUCAACCACAGCCGCGAGGGCACCGCGGCCGCGUCGCACGACCAAAACCCCGCAACCCCCUCCACCAGCGGACGGGGAGAGAACGACGGGGUCCAUUUCCCGCCCAUUGUCCGGCGGACGCCGAGCGGAACGUGGUCAUCCACGGGGUAUCUGAAGGCGUUCUCAUCGAAGGAGCUGGCAGGGGUCAAUAGAGAGGAGCUCGUUCGACGUCUACUAGAAGCACAGAGCGUCGUCGCAAGCCACCAGGAGGAGAAGGAUGCGCUGCAAGCCCAGAUCCGGGACCUGCAAGACGGGCAGAGGGAAAUGGAGCUGAACCACCGAACGCUGCUUUCAGACAACCAGUCGCUGUCCGCAAAGCUGGAAGAUCUGGAAGCCGUGUUCUCCAGUCUCGACGACGAGAUGCCGCCCGGGCGAAAAGGGAAAAAGUACGCUCCGGGUGGAAACGGGGCACGGGAAGCCAGGCGGCAAGCGCCCCUGGCCUUAAGCCCGGUGAAGAGCGCUCCGGGAGCUAUCGAAAGCAACCGGGCGGAUUCCGGCCGGAACUGGGUCGCCUCGACGAGAACGGCGAAGAAGCCACAAGUAGCGGCGAAAGAAGCUGCUGCGAAAAGUGGGAGAGAGGAGAAAGUUGCGGUCGGGACGCUAAGCCCGACGAGCAGCGAAGCGCUCGGGAGUCCGCCGCACGUGCCGUCCCGCUUCCGCGACGCGAUCCCGGGAGAAAAUUCUAGAGAUGCGCUGAUCGGUAGUGUUUCCCGGGCGGCGCCUGACUUGCUGCUGAGGAAUGAGAUCGCCUUAUCGGACGGCGGGUCUCGGACCGGUUCGAACACCCGGUCCGUACCGUUGCGGACGGGAACGUUCAUUUCGCCCAAGAAAGAAGCGGCGGAGAUCUUCCAGCUGCGACAGAUGAACGCGCGGCUCAUGCGAAUGAACGAACAGCUGCUUGCGAAGUCGAAAGAGUACGAUAGGCUGGUGAGUCAGGGGGCGAUCGAGGCAGGUUCUACAGGUAGUUCUCCGGUCAAAGAGCUUCUUGAGCGGAGGGUCAGUCGAGCCAGGGGCGUGCACCUUGAUGGCGGGGGGUAUUCGAGAGGGAGUUCGUUCACUCAUGCCUUGACACCGCGAAGCGUGGUGUAAUGAUAGAGGUCUUUGGAUGGCUUUGUCGAGUCUAGGUUUAUCAACUUGCGCGGCGGUCGAUGCGGUUCUGUUCUUGCUCGCAGCUUGGAUUGUAUCAUUUUCAAUCUAAUUUACGUUGCGAUGGAAUCCA